AUGAUGAGAAACCAUACAAAACCAACUUUUAUUCUGCUGGGACUGACUGAAGAUCCACAACUGAAGAUUGUAGUUUUCAUUUUCCUUUUUGUCACCUAUAUGCUGAGUGUGACUGGAAACUUGACCAUCAUUAUCCUCACAUUCAUUGAUUCCCAUCUUAAAACUGCCAUGUACUUUUUCUUACAAAAUUUCUCCUUUUUAGAAAUCUCAUUUACAUCUGCCUGUAUUCCCAGAUAUUUGUACAACAUAUCAACAGGUGACAAGAAAAUAUCAUAUGACAGUUGUGUCGCUCAAGUUUUUUUUACUGAUCUCUUUGCUGCUACAGAGUUUUUUCUUCUCGCUGCCAUGUCCUAUGACCGAUAUGUAGCCAUCUGCAAGCCACUACACUAUGCAACCAUCAUGAACCAGGAAGUCUGUAGAAAGCUCAUCCUCUGGUGCUGGAUAGCUGGCUUAUUGAUCAUAUUCCCUCCUCUUAGUCUGGGUCUUAAUUUGGAAUUUUGUGGCUCUAAUAUUAUUGAUCAUUUUGUCUGUGAUGCACCUCCCCUCCUAAAGAUAGCAUGCUCAGAAACAUCACUCAUAGAGAAGAUGAUUAUAGUCUGUGCUGUGUUACUCUUUAUCAUGACCCUUGUAUGUGUAAUACUAUCUUAUGUAUAUAUUAUCAAGACCAUUAUUCAAUUCCCUUCUUCCCAACAAAGAAAAAAGGCUUUUUCUACAUGUUCAUCUCACAUGAUUGUGGUCUCUAUAAGCUAUGGUAGUUGUAUUUUCAUGUAUAUUAAACCAUCUGCAAAACAAUCCGUGGCUAUAAAUAAAGGUGUAGCGGUGCUUACAACUUCCCUUGCUCCUAUGCUGAACCCUUUCAUUUACACCUUGAGAAACAAACAAGUAAAACAAGCUUUCAAUGAUGCUAUUAAAAGAAUCAUGUUAGUAUUUAAAAAGUAA